AUAUGAGACUUCUCGAGAGCCUUCGGCGUUCUCCCUCCUUUGGAGCCUCAUCCUCGGCACACGCUGUCGCGUACUUUCACUCACCGCUCAAUAUCUCCUCCGCUUGCCGGAGCUUCACCGCCGGUAGCAAUCUAUUCAAAAUAUAUAGCAACAACAAUAGAAACGGGAAAAAAGGUUGUUUAGUACGAUUUCAGUAUAUUGAAUGGCAAUCAUAACUUGUGGAAGUACAUGGGUGGCUCGUUGUGGAGCUCAGCCUCAGCUUGUAACAAAAUCUUCUAUUACAAAUUACUUAUCAGCAUCUUCACUUCGUUUCUCAAGCAAGAUAAGGGCUUUGCCUUUACCUAAUUCAAGUUCUCUUGGUCAUCAAUCACUGCAUGGGCUUUUCAAUUUAUCAUCAUACAAAAAUCCAUGUCAAAGAAGAGGGCAUUCUCUCAUUGUUAGAGCAGAAAAAGAUUACUAUUCUGUUCUUGGCGUGUCAAAAAAUGCGAGUAAAUCUGAAAUCAAGAGCUCUUAUCGAAAACUUGCUAGGAGCUAUCAUCCUGAUGUAAACAAAGAACCUGGAGCGGAACAGAAAUUUAAGGAGAUCAGCAAUGCCUAUGAGGUAUUGUCGGAUGAUGAGAAACGUUCAAUUUAUGACAGGUAUGGUGAGGCUGGUCUCAAAGGUGCCGGCAUGGGUAUGGGGGAUUUCAGCAAUCCCUUCGAUUUAUUUGACUCAUUAUUUGAUGGCUUGGGAGGUAUGGGUGGCAUGGGAAUGGGGGGAAGAGGUUCACGAAACAGAGCCAUGGAAGGUGAAGAUCAGGCGUGUAAUCUGGUUUUAAAUUUCAAAGAAGCCAUAUUUGGGGUUGAGAAGGAGAUUGAAAUUAGUAGGCUUGAGAGCUGUAGCACCUGUGAUGGAUCUGGUGCCAAACCUGGCACUAAGGCAACAACAUGUGGCACAUGUGGUGGUCAAGGACAAGUCGUGUCAUCAACAAGGACCCCUCUAGGUGUCUUCCAACAAGUGAUGACAUGUUCGUCUUGUGGUGGGACCGGAGAGAACUCUACUCCCUGUAACACAUGUGGAGGUGAUGGGCGAGUAAGGAAGUCAAAACGAAUCAGCCUUAAAGUUCCCCCUGGGGUAGACUCUGGCAGCCGUUUGAGGGUUCGGUCUGAAGGCAAUGCAGGGAGGAGAGGUGGUGCCCCCGGGGAUCUUUUUGUGAUCAUAGAAGUUUUACCCGAUCCUGUACUGAAAAGGGACGACACCAAUAUUCUCUACACUUGCAAGGUUUCUUACAUCGAUGCCAUUUUGGGAACAACAAUGAAGGUUCCUACAGUAGAUGGCAUGGUGGAUCUAAAGAUUCCCCAGGGCACUCAACCAGGGACGACGCUAGUAAUGGCCAAAAAAGGUGUGCCUUACCUCAACAAACCCAACAUGAGGGGCGAUCAGUUAGUUAGAGUCCAAGUCGAGAUCCCAAAACGGCUUAGCAGCGAAGAGAGAAAACUCAUAGAAGAACUUGCCAAUUUGACAAAGUCCAAAACUCCAAACAGCAGCAGGAGAUAGUAAAACACAACAUGAUAAUGCCUAUUCUUAUGAAUUGUCCUUGGAAUGAUUGACUUUUUUUUAUCCCUUGAUCUACAUUAAAUUGUAGGAAAAUUUUGAUGAUUUAUUCUGUAUCAUGUAAUAUUGUUUAGUCUUCUAUACAAAUUCCAUGACUUGGCCAGCA